AUGAUCGAAUCUAAUGAUAAUAAAUAUCGAAUAAAACGUACAUUUGGUAGAUUUUUUAAUUUCGAAGCGAUUAAACGAAUGUCAACUGUACGAGAAGAAUCACAAGAAGAUAGUCAAGAAAUAAUUAAUGAACAACAUCAAUUUGAUAUAUCGGAAUAUGAUAUUAUCGAAUCAAUUGAGGAACAUAUCUAUCAAGAAACCUCACUUAAUGUUUUAUCAAUUGCUGAUUUAUUACAUGAACGAUUUGCAUUUGUAACGGGUGGUACAAGUCAUCAAUGUCCAAUUCUUAUAUUUCCGGAUAAUCCAUAUAAUGAAUUAACACAGGAAAAAUAUAAAAAACUAGUUACUUAUUUAACACAAAUACCUAAUGAAAAUGAACGUCAACUUGGUUUUGUUAUUAUUAUUGAUCGACGAUUAGAUAAAUGGAUGUCUGUUAAAUCUAUUAUGAGUUAUAUCGACGAUUAUUUUCCUUAUUCAAUUAAAUGUGUAUAUCUUCUUCGACCAAAUUCAUGGAUACAACGAGCUUUAUCUCGUUUAACAAUUUCAAAUAAUAAAACAUAUUUACAUCGUUUAAUUAUUUGUCAAACAGUAUCUGAAUUACAUGAAUUUAUAGAUCCAAGUCAAUUAUCUAAAGAUUUAGGUGGUUUAAUUGAUUUUCGUUUAUUUGAAUGGAUUGAACAACGAGCAGUUAUUGAAAAAUUAACUCAAUCAAUACAUGAUUUAAGUGAAAUGGUACUUAGAUUUAUAAAACAAUGUGAUGAAAUUGAAUUUCCUAAUGCGGUUGAAUUAACACAGAAAAUACUUAUUCAACAUUUAACACGAAAAAAUGAACUUGAACUUGAAUUACAACGAAUUAAAACAUGGGGUCAAUCACUUUUAUGUAUUAUUCGCCAAGAGCAUAAACAAUCUUCAUCACCAACAUCUCAUAAUAAUAUACUUGACAAGAAUAAUGAUAUUCAUCAACUUAUUUUAUCACCAGAUCGAUCGGCACAUGCUCGCGCAUGUUUAGAUGCUUUAACACAUAUUGAUUGUAUUGAAACUACUCUUUUACAAUUUUGGUCUAUACAUAAAACACGUUUAAAUCAUUGUCUUGCAUUACGUCAUUUUGAACAACGUUUUAAAGAGUUACAAUAUAUUUUUACAGAAUUAUGUAAUGAACUCAAUCAAUUACCUGAUAUAAAUACAAGUUUAUUUUUAUCGGACUAUUGUCGAUCUGAUAAUAGUAAUAAUAAUAAUAAUUGUAAAGAAGAACUUGAUCAAAUAUUAAAUCAACUUGAUGACCUUUCACAACGAACAGAAACGAUGAUUAAUCAUACUAUACUAUUGGCAAAUGAUGGCCUUGCUUUGAUUAUGGAACAACAGAAACAGCAGUCCAUAUCCUAUGAAAUUGAUUCGAUUGAACCAAAACGUCAAGAAUUAGAAGAAAUGAAGAAAAAAUUGAUCGAACAAAUAGAAGAAAAACGACAGAAUUUAAAAUUAUUGAAGUUAUACAUCGAUAAACUUGGUUCUAUUAAUGAUUGGUGUCUACGUGGAAAAGAUAUGUUAGCAAUGCAUCCUAUUCAUUUAUCAAAUGAGAAAGCUAUUCGAUCUUUAGCUGAACUUGAAUAUUUUCUUACCGAUCUAUCAACAAUGAAUAUCGAAGAAUUGCAACAUACAACAGCAACAGAACCACUUCAUUCAAUGAUUAUUCAAGUAUUUCAUCGUGUAAAUGAUGUACGAGAUUUAUGUGAAAAACGAUGUGAACAACUGCGACAACUUGCUAAACCUAUUUAUCGACCUGUACAACGUGUUUAUCCAUUAUCAUUGCCACAAAAUGAAUCAUUUAAUCUUCUUAAUACAACAACAUCGAUAUUACAACGACAACAAGAAAUAAACGAACAAUAUUCGUUAUUUGAUAUGGAUUCAAAUGCAUCAUCAUCAACAUCACAAAAUGAUUCAAAUGCAAAAAUGGAUAAGAAACAGAGACAUGUUGUUACAGAACUUUUAGUUACCGAACAAGUUUAUGUUGAAGAAUUACGCACUAUAAUUGAAGGUUAUAUGCUCAAAUAUGAUGAUCCUGAAUACUAUCGUUAUUUACCUUCAGUUAUAUUACAAAAUAAAUCAACACUUUUCUCUAAUUUACCUGAUAUUUAUUCAUUUCAUGAAAGAUUAUUCCUUCGUGAACUUCAACAAAUCUAUGCUAAUUCAUUAUUGAUUAAUUCUUGUUCGGUUGGAAGUGCUAUUGCUUCAUGUUUUAUCAAACGGAAAUCAAAUUUUAAAUUAUAUGAACAAUAUGUUCUUAAUAAAUCUCAAUCGGAACAUAUAUGGGAACAAUAUUGUUCUGGCCAUUCAUUUUUUACCAAAAUUCAAUUAUCUCUCGGUCAUCGACUUCCAUUAGAUUCAUAUCUAUUAAAACCUAUUCAACGUAUAACACAAUAUCAACUUUUAUUAAAAGAAAUGAUAAAAUAUACACGUCUUGAACAAGAACGUAUACAUUUACAAGAUGCUCUUAAUGUUAUGCUUAAUAUUUUAUCAUAUCUUAAUAAUGUUAUGCAUUCAACACAAAUUAUUGGUUAUUCUGAUAAUUUAAAUACAUUAGGACAAAUCCGUCUACGCGGUGAAAAUUGUUUAAUAUCAAAAGAAAAACGACGUGGAACAGUUUAUACACGGACAAAAACCAGUACAAGAGAUAUAUUUUUAUUUGAACGUGUUAUAUUAUUAUGUAAGAAAAAAGAUGAAGGGAAUGGAAAAUCUAUUCAUUAUCAAUAUAAAGAAUUAAUUAAAAUUGCUGAUAUUGCUGUUUGUACACAUCCGAAAAAUGAUCGAAAAAAAUUUGAAAUUGUAUUAAAAGAUUACUCAUAUAUUAUACAAUUUUCAUCAAAUGGAGAAAAAGUUGAAGAACUAACUGUACGUUGGAUUGAUACAAUUAAAAAAUGUGUUACACAACAAACAGAACAACGUCGAGCGGAAAUAAAACAUCGUAGUUCAUCAUUAGAUCAUUCAGCACAUUCACAUCGGCGACGUAUACAUAAUUUCGUGAAUAAUACUGUUCGAACUCCUGGAUCGGAUGAUGAACAAGUUCAUUUACCUAUUGCAUUAAUCGAUUUAAAUACAGAAUAUAUGAAACAAAAUAAUAAAAUGGUAUUUUAG